AUGAUGCUAGAACGGCAGUUCGACCCAUCUCUCGCUCGGGUUUAUGACGGACGAAGACGCAGAUUUUACGCAGACUCAGUCGGGUAUGAUACACCGUUUGUGCGUCAUGGAACGAGGUUCGCUACAAAGGAAUCCGAAGGAAUCAAAUACUUACUGAGAUGCACACCUUCAGCCAUGUUGACAGAUGGUGGCGGCAUCGCGACUAACGCAUCAUCACCGUUUUCUUGGUUGAUUGAAGUAGGGAGGCCGAAAAUAGGUUUUUCUGCCGCCAGCGAUAUACCUGUCAAUUGUUCCUAUAGCAGACAGUCAGAUGAACAGAUGCAUUACAGUGAAGCCUUACAAAAGCAAUUGGAUUAUCGCCAUAACAACAAUAAAUAUGUAGUAGGGUGCACACAUACGAAGGACGGGAAAUCCAAACGUGUUCCCGUGUGCGCUGCAGUUGAAGAACUCCACAUGACCGUUUACGGCAGUGGUCCGGAGAAGUCCAUAUAUUCUUCAGGAAGACAGCUAGUUAUAUACGAAGACGGGACACUCGAUCCUAACUACAGAAAUGCGAAAUAUCAAGCACUACGCAACCAUCGUCUCGAUGAAAACUCCCGAAGGUGUAAGAAAGUCAGAUUUAUCUUAAACCGUCUUAACCACGGUUGCUCGAGGCUCGACGCUUCUUCCCCUGGUCAGCAAAAUUUCGGUCCUCCCGCUGCAUACCCUGGAGCCGAUUCGUACUUUCUGCACUAUCCGGAGCUAAAUAUGCCUGGAGCAUUCGGUAACUCGGUCCUUGCGAUAGAGAGCCGUCGAGCUCUCACUCCAAAAGACGUCCAUUCGUCCGCUGUAGGCCCAGCUGGCUACUUACCACCAUACAGUGCUACAUCUGGUGGACACAUACCGUCUAACUGUGGAAUGCCACUCUCUUCUCCGGGAAGUGGUUCUGUUGCGCACCCGUACAUGUUCUCCCCAGAUAUGUCUGGUUCUUGCUGCAAAAUGGCACCCGGAUUGCGGCCGUCACAGGCUGGUUCCUGUACACAUGACUUAACUUCAGCUAGCUUGGCCAGCCUUGCUCGUCUAUCCCAGCUAUCCGGAUCAGAGCCCGUACGUCCCGUCUUCGGCUGCGGUAGAACAAACGGGAGGACAUCUGUCGUCCGCUUGUAUUCCUUGGUGUUGUGGGACAAGUGGCAACCAGAACAAGGCCAAUCCAGCUACAGACAAACAGAAACGCUGCUCUUUUUUGGUUUUCCUGAAUUAAAGGCCAGGCUCAGGACCACCGGCGAUGGGCGAUACACCCGUGCUACUGGAGAGUUUAUUGAGGAGUGCACCGUGGGGAACUUGGUCGAAGGCCUUGCGAAUAUCAAGAUAGAUAAGGAUAAUACACAGUCCGGUAUCGUAGGCGGACGAAAUAUGAUUGAAGAAGUCAACCUGGCAUGUGUUAGCUGA